AUGGCGGAGAUGAAUAAGUGGCCGCCAACGGACCACAACCUGGUUCACAGUACUAUUCUGAGCAGCCUGACGCGUUACCGUGUCUUUCUACAAAGACUCAACCUAGAGGAUUUAUGGUUUAUCAGGCUUCCGAAAGCCCAAAGCGCCUACCCACUGGAACUCGGGCUCAUGGUAUAUAUGGAAGAGCAAUGGGAAAAGCUGGCAUGGGCCUACCUGGACGCUGCGAUCUCAGACAUGCCCGAGAUGGCUGACCUAAAGGAAGAUUCCUCAAGCUUAGAUUUUAUCGAACGGUUGCAAAACGACAAGGUUAAGGAUCGUGAUGAGAAGAAGGAGAUGACUCGCGCUGUCCAUGUACUGUUUGCCGCUGCUGGCACGGGCAAGACUCGUCAGAUAUUUGAACUCUUGCAGCGACACUGGGGAUUCUACAUGCUGUCCCCAAAUCUUGAGCCAACAAAGAUUACUUCCACCGAGAAAAAAGGGCGAGAAGGCAGCGAUAUUCUGGGUGCACAGAGAUACGCCGCGUCUAGGGAUACUUACACCAUGUUUGAGCACCAUCCUCAGAUUGACCCGAAUUGGGAUACUGAAGACGUCAACGUGUUUCAGCCAAUCAUAGUUGCUCGGAAUGCCCUACUUUGCGAGUUUCUACUUCGCCGCCCCUCAGCAACGCCAACCGAGUGGCUCUGGCUGCAGAUAUCAUGUGCUGCAUUUGACCCGUUUGACGCCUUGUACAGGCUCUUCCGGCUCGCCGAUACAGGGUACCUGGGAAUAGACGCUAAAACCUUUCUCGACGCAGAAAUACCCGGACAUUUGGUACCAAGGUGUUAUUCGCUUCUCGAAGAGCGAUUUUGGAAGCCUUCUGGGCUUCCAUUAUGUUACUGUAUUGACGAGGCCCAGACGACCAUUGACAACCCCCAAGCCUCCGCAAUGUUUGGCCACUUGUACAACUCUCUGACGUAUUUUUACGCUCUAUCAAGAGAUGAACCGCUUGCUGCUAGAGUGGUUCCGGGGAAGCAACAGUCUGAUCAGGAUGAGGGUGAUUCUACAGGCCAAGACGCACCAUGGCAGAUGGGUGACGAUAUGCCAACCAUCAACCCGAUUCUACUGAUUUCAGGAACUUCUCUCAACCUGGAGAAGCUAAGAGAAAUGCUUGCCCACUUUCUCACAGGUUCUUGGGGUGUCGAUGAGCCUCCUGUGGACUGUUGGGAAUCAUAUCUUGUACACAACAUGUUUCCACUGGUGUCUUCUGACGAAGAGUUCUGGAGCCUUUACCAGAAACAUUUGGCUGAUACGAUAUCGGAAAUUUCAAGGACUCAAGGCUCAGCGGAUGCCCACAGGGCGUCUCGACUGCCCCUCUUGAGUCGAAGCGGCCGACCGCUACCUCUACAAGACUCUGGCGACGGGCUCGAGCUUGCGCAAGUUCACAAAUGGCUCCAGAAACCAUUGGACGUCGCUCCAUUACUAGACAUGUUAAAAAUGUUUGGUCAAAUUUGUCGGCUUGUUAUGGACCGGAAGCCAAGAGAAAGCCCAAGCAAAUAUGUGCAUUUGCUUGCCGACCUGGAGGCUGCUUUGGAUUGUCCAGAUUCAGAGAUGAUUGUUUCGGCCCUGGCACUUCAGCUUCUGACGGCUUCCUCUGGUAGCGAUUCUGUAUCUUUGCAACCAUUCUUCCAGCAAGCGAUUCGAUUACUAGGGGAACCCGGAAAAUUCAGUAUCGAUGAGGUGUCCAGUGCGGUCUUGAACGAAACGACCAAUCCAGUGGCCUUGGAUAGCAACUUUCAUGGCCUGGCGUUGACUUUCCACGAGCACUUGAGAAAUCUGUACAUCCGGCAACUCAUAACAUCACGCAGCGUCGGCCAUCGUGGCCGUUAUCGAUGA